AUGUCUGAAUUCCAUUCUCUCGUCAAGACCCAGCCGCCGCAAGUCACAGCCCUCAACCUCCCGCCCAACUCGGCAGGAGUUCUCUUGAAGAAGCGAGACAUCAUCAUUCGCGAGGAGCCCAUGCCCAUACUACAGCCCGAUGACCUGCACAAUUACGUCUCGGGAGGUGUCGGCGGAAGGCCCGUCACAGAGCCUAUCGUCCUCGGCCACGAGUCCUCUGGUGAAGUCAUCGCUAUCGGAGACCUCGUCAAGACGCACAAGGUCGGGGAUCGGGUUGCCAUCGAGCCUGGACUGCCUUGUCGGAGAUGUGUGAAUUGCAAAGAAGGAAGGAUCAACCUCUGCUUGAAUCAGCAUUACUGUGGUUCGCCUGGUUCGGUCGGCUCACUCUCUCGGUUCUUUGCCCUUCCGGCCGAUAUGGCUCCUCAUAUUCCCGACAACGUCUCUUGGGAAGAAUCAGGGUGCAUCCAGCCUCUCGCCGUUGGUAUUCAGGUCGCCAAACGAGUUGACCUUCGUCCCCACAAAACAGUCGCCAUCUUCGGCUGUGGUCCUGUAGGCCUCAUCUCCGCCGCCGUAGCCCACGCCUACUGCGCCCGCAAAAUCGUCGCAUUCGACAACAACCCCGUCCGCGUCGAAGCCGCUCGGAAGUACCGCUCGCCCGUCACUGGCAAACCCAUCAUCGACCAUGUCUUUCUCACGAAAGAUAUCCCUACCACUUCUCUCAAGAAGGGCGCGAACGGGCUUGUGGACGGCAACUCCCACAUCGACGAGCUGGCGCACAAAAUAGGAGAAGCUGGCUCUGGCGCUGGGAUUGCUGAUGGUGGUAUUCCGGACGAGCACGACGAAGAGUCUGUUGGUGAUCGCAAAUGGGAAUGGGCCAAGAAGAUCGCUGCGGGGUAUAUUGAAGAGGCAGGUUUGACGGAAGAUGAGGGCUUUGACAGGGUGGUAGAGGCGACUGGGGUGGAAGAUUGUAUGAACCUGGGCGUUGCUAUCGCCAAGCAAGGUGCCAAUUACCUCGGCAUCGGCCUCUCCCAUAUCCAAACAACCUCCUUCCCCAUCCUCGCCGUCACCAACAAAGAACUCAACGUCAUGGGCAUCACCCGAUACACCUCUUCCUGCUUCCCGUCCGCCCUGGAUUUACUAGAGAGGGGAGUGGUUGAUGUCAAGCAGUUGAUAACGAAUCGGUUCCCGUUGACGGAGAGUGACAAGGCGUUUGAAGCUGCGGCUGGGGGAGGGGAGAUGAAGGUCAUUAUUUUGAACCAGGAGGGGUUCUGA